AGAUUCUAAAAAUACUAAGGGGCAAAUUGUAUCUCCAAAUUUUAGUGGGGCAGUUGAUAUUUGCCUCUUAAAGCGCGUGGUGAAUCAGUAGAAGGAGAGAGGAAGAGAGACGGAAACAGAGAGCAGGAAGAAACGGAGAGAAAAGAGGAAAGAAUAUAGAAAGGGGAGAAGAAAAACUAAGAAGAAGAGAGGAAGAAGAUUGUUGCAGGAUUCAUGCAGGGAAGUUCAUGAUUUCAAAAGUUGGCCAAUGUGAUGUACAUUAUAGAGGGUCAUUGCAUAAUGAAUUCCAUGAGUUUAUCGGUUUUCAGAGCAUAGUCAAAGCAUUCAGCUAACACAUAGCCAGUCAGUCAGUGUUUUACAGGGUUGUAUUGGAUCUCAAGGAGGGAAUCAGGACCAGUCCUGUCAUAUGAUCGGUUGCUAAAGCACAAAACUCAAAGAAAUUUAUCCUCCUCUUGAAUCUUCCUCUGAAGCACAAAACUCAAAGAAAUUUAUCCUCUUCUUAAAUCUUCCAUCUCUAAAGGGAGGACUAUCUAUUAAAAAAUUUGAGCUGUAGCUUGGGAACCAUGGUGGAUGCAGUAGUGUCACUUGUAGUGGAGAGGGUUGGGGACUAUCUCAUCAAAGAAGCAGCCUUCUUACAAGGUGUAAGAGGUGAAGUAGAGUCAUUGAAAAAAGACCUGGAAUGGAUGCUUUGUUUCAUGAAGGACGCUGAAGAUAAACAAGUGGACAAUCCUUUGAUACGCCAGUGGGUUUCUGACAUCCGAGAAAUUGCUUAUGGUUGUGAGGAUGUCUUGGAUGAUUUUAUGGUCAAAGUCCAUGAUGGAAAGACUUCAAACGUGCUCAAGGUCGAAGAAGGGGAGACUUCUAAAAGAAGGCAAGGAGUCUUUACUUCCAUCAAAAAGUGUUCUUACAUAUUUGCCAGUCACAUGGGGUGCAAUCUAUGCAUCAAAUGUAAGGAAAAAGCCAGUCUCUACAGAAUUGGAAAGGAGAUUGAAGCACUCAAAAAGAGACUUAAAGCAGUCUCUGAUAGAUGUGGAAUGUAUGGCCUAGAAGAUAUUAAUAAAAGAUGGGAAGCGAGCAAGGCUCUUCGUGAAUUUAAAGAAGUGAGAAGAACCUCAUCGUUUGCAUUUGAAGAGAAUGUCAUUGGCUGCAAGGAUGAUAUCAGAAUGUUGUUAGGUCAACUACUUUGCAAUGAGCGACAGCAUUGUAUAAUCUCUAUUUGGGGUACUGGUGGUUUGGGCAAAACAACACUUGCCAAAAAAUUAUAUCACCAUGAUAAGGUAAAGAACAAAUUUCAACAUUGUGCUUGGGUUUGUGUAUCUCAAGAUUUCAAUGUUGAGGAUCUUCUUCGAAGAAUUAUAAGUUCUUUCAAUUUUAAUCAUACAAAGAAAUUGGAGAAGAUAGUAGAGGAAGCUUUGAACAGAAAUCCUAAUGAAUCUUUGGAAAUGGAGAAGAUGAAGGAAGAAGCUUUGAAGAGAUAUAUUCAUGAAUCUUUGAGAGGUAGCUCAUACUUAGUGGUAAUUGAUGAUGUUUGGGGAAAAAAUGCUUGGGGGAGGCUUGUAGAAGCCUUUCCAAAGAAUGAGCAUGGUAGUAGAAUCAUUAUAACCACCCGCAAUAAAAAUGUUGCUGAUUGUGCAGAUUAUGUCCAUAGUCUUCCAUUUCUUACUGAAGAAGAAAGCUGGAGGUUAUUCUAUUCAAAAACCUAUGGAAAGGCAAAUGAAACUAAAGAAAUGGAAAAGCUUGGAAAGGAGAUGCUGCAAAAAUGUGGUGGUCUACCACUGGCGAUUGUUCUAUUGGGUGGCUUAUUAUCUAAAAAGAGUGCAGAAGAGUGGCGGUUAGUGCAUGAUCACAUGUGGCAACACCUGAACCGUGAUUCGGAUAAUCAUAUCAAUUACUUAUUGUCUUUAAGCUUCAAUGAUUUACCUUAUCAAAUGAAGCUUUGUUUUCUCUACCUGGGCCAAUUUCCAGAAGAUUUUGAAAUCCCGGUGAUGAAACUAAUUCAUUUGUUGGUGGCUGAGGGUUUCAUACCGCGAAAUAGAGAAAUAAUGGAAGAUACAGCUUAUUAUUACGUGAAUGAGUUGUUCCAAAGGAGCUUGAUUCAAAAAGAUAAAACACAGAGAGGGAGGAUUCUAACUUGUCGUAUCCAUGAUCUCUUGAGGAAUCUUGCAAUCGAAAAAGCAGAAGAGCUCAACCUCUUUCACAUUUAUGAGGUAGAUGGAGCUGCUACUAGUUCCUCAAAAACAAGACGACAAGCUGUUUAUCUUGGAACAGGAAAUAGCUUUCAGCUUCAGCAAUCUAAUCUCAUGCGUUCCUUUUUGUUCUUCAAUAUCAAGCACAGAGGAGCAAGAGAAGACUUAUCAAGGCUGUGCUGCAGCUUCAGAUUACUAAGAGUGCUCAAUCUUUCAAAUAUUGCUGUGAAAGAAAUACCGCAAGAAAUAGGUAAGUUAAUUCACUUGAAGUAUUUGCAAUUAGGACUAAGUUUUAAUAGAGAUGUUCCAAAAUGGAUUCUCAACUUAGUGAGCCUACAAACUUUGAACAUACUCGGUGAUGAUUCAUACCCCAGGCUUCCUACUGAAAUUUUUAAAUUGCAGGAGUUGAGACAUCUAAUUGGAAAUUUUAUAGGGUAUUUUUGUAUAGACAAAUUGAAAAACCUUCAAACUCUGAAGAGCAUACCAGUGGAGACUUGGAUUAAAACAAAUCCAGAACGGUUGGUUAAUCUUAGAGAGCUGCACAUAUCUGGUCUUGGAGGAAAAAUAAGCCAGUUUAGUUUGGAUUCUAUUGCCAAAUUGAGAAGCCUUCGGAUUUUACGGGUUUAUACAUCAAGUAGGGAAAUUCAUUCUCUGAAACCACUCUCAAAAUGUCAAAACCUGGUGGAGUUGACAUUAAGUGGCAGGAUAGAGAAAAUUCCUGAAGAAAUGCCUGAAAUUUUUCCAAAUCUUGAAUUCCUGGAGCUAUAUUCCAGUGGAGUGGUAGAUGAUCCCAUGCCUACAUUAGAGAAGCUGCCAAACCUGGCAGUGCUUAAUUUAGGCUUUGAUUGUUAUUGUGGAACGAAACUUAUCUGCAGCAAAGGGGGUUUUCCCCGGCUUGAAAUUCUAGCCAUUCAUGGAAGUCAUUUAGAGGAGUUGCAAGUAGCUGAAGGAGGUAUGCCUGAGCUUAGGAGUUUCAUCAAGUCAUAUGCCACAAUCGAUUUCAGAAUUCCAGAAAGGUUGGAAACCCUUCCUCCCCCAUCCAACUGGGAAUAUGUGAGUUCUGUCUUAAAACAAAACUGAUGGAAUUUGCGUUGACAUAUGAGAAUAUAAUUUCUAUUCCCACCUGGGCACUGCUUGACUUACCUUUUCAAGUUUAGUUUGAGCUUCUUUACUCAUCAAAUUCCUAUUAUAUUUAUUGGUGUGAUUAAACUUACGAAGAAUUGCAGAAAACAUUUUCUGGAUUUCUCGAAAUCUGCUGCUUUUCUAAGUUUUAAUUCGAUCCCAUCAUGGUUUGUAUUUCUUUAUAUAAUUUUUGGUGAUGAUCCAAGUCGAGUUUGGAGCUGGUCAUUCUGGAAUUGAUCUGAUCUCAAGCUGGCCCUCAGCUCAGAUCCAUUCGGAUCGCAUCCACCCCUACCAUUGUGUGAAAGUUGAAAAAGAGGCUGCUUUGCUGGGUGUUUAACAGUUUAUUGUUGGUGGAAAUGAAUGAAGCUAAUUAGACGGUUAAUGGGGACUUUAAAGCGCUACUUCUA